CUGGUCCCAGGCUGGCUCCGAGAGGAGCAGGCUAUAAAAGAGGGGAGAGCCCGGGCACAUCAGUCUGGUCCGAGAUGGCCAAGCUCACUCUGCUGGCCGGUGUGGCCCUGCUGCUGAACGCCCAGCUCGGCUCUGCCUAUGUGCUGACCUGCUACUUCACCAACUGGGCCCAGUACAGGCCUGGCCUGGGCAAGUUCACCCCCCAAAAUAUCGACCCUUGUCUGUGCAACCACCUGAUCUACGCCUUCGCCGGCAUGAGCAACAACGAGAUCACCACCAUCGAGUGGAACGACGAGACCCUCUACCAGUCCUUCAAUGGCCUCAAGAACCAGAACAAAGAUCUGAAGACCCUGCUGGCCAUUGGAGGAUGGAAUUUCGGCACAGCCAAGUUCUCCACCAUGGUCUCCACGCCCCAGAACCGCCAGACCUUCAUCACCUCCGUCAUCAAAUUCCUGCGCCAGUACGGAUUCGACGGGCUGGACCUGGACUGGGAAUACCCCGGCUCCAGGGGCAGCCCUGCCCAGGACAAGGCUCUCUUCACCGUCCUGGUCAAGGAGCUGCUGGCAGCUUUCCAGCAGGAGGCCGAGCAGACCAACAGGCCCCGGCUCAUGGUCACGGCUGCUGUGGCUGCCGGGCUCUCCACCAUCCAGUCUGGCUACGAGAUCGCUGAGCUGGGCAAGUACCUGGAUUACAUCCACGUCAUGACCUACGACUUCCACGGGCCCUGGGAGGGCUCCACGGGCGAGAACAGCCCCCUGUUCAGCAGCAGCAGCCCCCUCAGUGUUGAAUACGCCAUGAACUACUGGAAGGACAGCGGUGCCCCAGCCCAGAAGCUGCUGGUGGGAUUCCCGACCUAUGGAAAGAGCUUCACCCUGCAGAGCCCGUCCAACACCGGUGUUGGAGCCCCCAGCUCCGGGCCUGGCCCUGCAGGACCCUACACCAGGGAGGCCGGGCUCCUGGCUUACUACGAGAUCUGCUCUCUCCUGAGCUCCGGAGCCACCCAGGCCUGGGAUGCCCCCCAGGAUGUCCCCUACACCUACAAGGGCAGCGAGUGGGUUGGCUACGACAACGAGAAGAGCUUCGGCCUCAAGGUGGACUGGCUGAAGGAGAACAACUUUGGAGGGGCCAUGGUGUGGGCCCUGGACAUGGAUGACUUCACUGGCACCUUCUGCCACCAGGGCAAAUACCCCCUGAUCUCCAGCCUGAAGAAGGGCCUGGGGCUGCAGAGCGGCGGCUGCGCUCCCCCCGCUGAGCCCCUUCCUCCCAUCGCUGAGGCUCCCAACACCCCCGGCAGUGGCUCUGGUGGCUCCGGUGGCUCCGGUGGCUCCGGUGGCUCCGGUUUCUGUGCUGGGAAACUCAACGGGAUCUACGCCGACCCCAGCAACAAGAGGAACUUCUACAGCUGCCUGAACGGGAGGACCUUCGUGCAGAGCUGCCAGCAGGGGCUGGUUUUUGACGCCCUCUGCUCCUGCUGCAACUGGCCCCAGUGACCCCGAGCCUUCCCCGCCCGCCCAUCCCGCGGGCUCACUGUGUGCAAUAACGGAGAUUCAUUAAAGCUCAAAGCCAUCCUCUG